GAAAUUUUGGGUGUUGUACGGGGAUAGGGUUGUCACGGCUCACCGUGAAUUACAAGCACCUUCACCUUGCUCACCUUGGUCUUGGCUGCCGUCAUUAUGGGAGAGCUAAUACAGCUUACAACGCUUACAACACUGAGUUGAAGGGGACUCUCCAGGUUUCAAGUUCAUAUUAUCAUCUAAUUGACCAGAGGCAUAGAAGAACGUAAUUCGCUCUACCUACUUCAUAAUACAUAUUGUCUUACGUCUUCCAGCGGUAGUUGCGUAGAUCUCUACACGGGUGCCAAGCCCGAGCCAGUGCACGGGCCAUCCUCAUGGCCGGUAAAUUUUUUUUGGCUUUGACUGCUUAUCGAUCGCCGCCGACGUGACCCCCAACCCGGCAGCUCUCUCCCACUCAGACCUCAGCGCACCAAAUCCCGUCUUGCGAACCCGCCGUGUAGACGCCCACCCCGUCGUACAGCACCCGCUCCAUCCAAUUCGGCUUCUAUCUUUGUCACCUCUCGGUCCGGUUUAUCCCUCCGCCGCCAAAAUGUCUCUCUGGGAUACCCUGACGGGCAAGAAGUCCUCGUCACAAACCCCCUCAUCGACUGCGCCGCCACCCACCACACAGUCACCACCCACCAGCACCGGCUAUGCCUCCUCCCCAGCUCCCUUCGACCCAACCCAGGCCCAGGGUGUUGAGCAGUUCCUCGGCACCUCUUCUUUCGCCGACCCAACACAACUACAUGCCUUCGCUGGCAUCGACAAGGACACACUCGACUACCUCAGCCUCGAAGACUCUGCCCUCACAGACCUCCCCGGUGGCCAGUCGGUACUGCCAUCCCGCGGCUUCACAGACGAUCUCUGCUACGGCACCGGAGUGACCUACCUGGCAGGUCUGACAUUAGGAGGUGCUUGGGGUCUGCAAGAAGGAUUGAGGAGGUCGGCCGACCAGCCGCCAAAGCUGCGGUUGAACACGGUGCUCAACUCGAUCACCAGGAGAGGACCUUUCUUGGGCAACUCGGCGGGUGUGGUGGCUAUUGUGUACAACUGCGUCAACUCAUACAUUGGCUACGUCAGGGGGAAGCACGAUGCUGCCAACAUGAUUCUGGCGGGUGGCAUCAGCGGCGCGAUUUUCAAGAGCACAAGGGGUCUCCGGCCAAUGAUGAUUUCGGGUGGUCUCGUGGCCUCGGUGGCUGGUCUCUGGGCGAUCACCCGGCGCACAUUCUUCCCCACAAGCCAACCGCAACACAAGGAGCUCGAGAACCUUUAAAGCAGGACCAUGUUGAUCGUGAUCGCACUUCCUACGAAAAUAAACGAGAUGACUCGAUGGCAUCUACGGGAGCCCUUGUGAGCUUCGCCGACGAUAAAUCUCUUCUUUGAUCGACCCGAGAUCGCAGCAGACUUGCCUCGAAACUUGGUGCCCGGCCCACCUCGCGGUUGCUAUAUGUAAAUUCAGCUUACGGAGGGCUCGAGGGUGAUGUGUACGAAGAUGAAUGUGGGAAAAACUCGGCCAGGGGUGGUACCUAGGGUGGCGGACGGGUUUAUGCAUAGCGCAAGGGUAUUCUCUCCUCCCAAUGGAAAUUGUAUAAUAGCGGUGUUUUGGUGGUCAUAUAGAAUCAUUUGUUCCCUCUGGGGUGAAGGGACAGGACGAAUUGGUAUGUGGCAUAUUUUGAUCAGCUUGGUGGCAUUUUGCCGGACUAUUUUUGGGUGUUAUGGUGCCAGGCAGUCGAAAUGUCUACUGUUAUAUAUGGGAGGUCCGGAUCGAAAGGGGUUGUCUGAU